AUAAUAUAUGCACAUCAUGGUACAUGCGUCCCCUUUCUUUUUGGGCAAAGUCAGCAGCCUCUGUUCAUUACUCGAUCGUGAAAUGAUGAGGACUGAGCUGGAGGUGAGGAACAUGCAGCAAAAUGGGGAAUAUCCUCGCACGUCAUGAGCCAGUGAAACAGCGCACACUAUUCGGUCUUCGCCAGGGGAAUACAUCGUGUGUUGAUUAGUUGGAUCAGGGAUGUAGACAUCAUGUCCCUUUCCUUCCUUUGAAGCCUUUAAAUACAAAGGAUCCGUCGUGCAAAGGCGGAUAACAUCUGAAUCCACCCAUUCAUCGCUACACAGCCAGGGCUUCUUCUCAGGGUGCUGUGGUAUUUAAUCGGAAUGGGCUGCCAAACUAUUUCCCCAAACGACCUGGAGCUUAUGAUGUCGGAUAAACAUGAAGCCAAAAAACCUGGGGCUAUCGAGUUUAAACUUCUUCACGAGAUCACAAAUAAUUUCUCUGAUGAAAUUGGACGUGGUGGAUAUGCCAAGGUUUAUAAGGGACUCCUUGGAAACGGCAUGGCCGUUGCCGUGAAGAAGCUGUCCAAUCCGCAUUUUCGCGACGAUAAAUUCUUCCUUCGGGAGAUUGAAUGUCUUAUGAAGGGGAAGAAGCACAGGAAUAUAGUACGAUAUUUGGGAUAUUGUUGUGAUACCGUGGGAGAAAUAGAAACAUAUGAAGAAAAAAAUGUCAUAGGGGAAAGGCUAAAAAGAUUGAUCUGCUUUGAGUAUGUACCAGAAGGGAAUCUCCGUAGCCAUAUCAAUGAUGCAUCUUGUGGACUUGAAUGGAGAGAACGUUAUAAAAUAAUAAAAGGAAUCUGCGAGGGUUUGAAUUACCUUCACACCAAAGGUAUUACUCACCGGGAUCUUAAGCCGGAAAAUAUACUCAUGGAUAAUAUGAUGGUGCCGAAAAUAGCCGACUUUGGUCUAUCAAGGUACUCUAAGGAUGAACAAACCCAUGCUAGUACUACAAAUCAUGUUGUAACCUUCGGAUAUGCGCCGCCAGAAUUCGAUGGCCGGAAAGUCACACGAAACUUUGAUAUAUAUAGUCUUGGUGUUAUAAUCAUGGAGAUCGUGACUGGAGAGAGGGGGCAUCACAAGCCAGAGGCAGUACUUGAAAGUUGGAGUAAUAGGCUUGAGACAUCAAUGGAAGAAGAUCAAGUACGUGUAUGUAUCGAGAUAGCAGUAGAGUCCACACAAUUCGAACCAGAGAAGAGACCAGUUAAAGCACAGGAUAUAAUUGAUAGGCUUGUUGCAACGGAGCUCCUUAACGUCUACCUUUUCAAGCUUGGGUUACCCACCGAACCCAAUACAGAUAAACAGUUGGUGUUUAGGCUUACGAAUAAGAGCAGGGAGUCCUGGCAGUACUUUGCAAGUAUUCCGCUCUACGUCAUCGUGCCUUCCAGGUCGACUUACACCCUCGUUGUCACAGAAAAACAACAGGAUAUGCUACCUGAAGAAAUAGACUAUGAUCUGAUCCAACAGAGCAGUAUAUCAGAAGACAAAAAUAUCCAUGCUUUCAGAGACCAAUUAUACCUGAAGAAGUAUGACCAAUUUUAUGAGGACACGGGGAAUGAUGUGCAUGAGGUGAAACUGAAAACUACUUUUGCAACAUCUGAGCACGCAAAUCCUGCAAAGAAUGGACAGAUAAUAUCCAUGAAGAAUACUCAUGGCGUUCUGUGUUGCCUAGACGCACAAGCCACAGAGCCAUGGAUUGUAACAGGUCAUCAGCACGGAGAUGUUUGCAUAUGGAACUAUUACCCGCAGAGAGGAAUGGAUUCGUUCAAUAUCUGGAAGGAGUCGGUUAUGCAUUCUUACUCGUCAUCGAAUAAAGUUCAUUCCGUUAAAGUUAUCUUAAGAAAGGAAAAGACAUGGUUUGUGGCUGCGACAUCGGAUGGUGUGAUCCAUGUAUACGAUUACAACAACAAAAUGGAAGAAGUGUCAAGUUUCAGAGCCGCCAGUGAUUCCUUCAUCACUUCAAUGGCCGUACAUCCAACCAGUUCGUAUCUAUUGUCAUCGGCACAUCGUGCUGUAAAGCUCUGGGACUGGGACAAUGGCUGGAAGGAGUGCGAACCAUCAUUCAACCAGGAACACUCUGCUAGUAUACGUCAAGUCGCAUUUAACCCAAAGAAUACCAACAUUUUUGCAACUGCUUCAGAUGAUCACACCAUAAAGGUUUGGAGCAUUGGCUCUCCCGAAUCCAAGUAUACUUUGUCAGGGCAUCUGGGCAAAGUGAACUGCCUCGAUUUCUUCAGAUGUGAUGGUAGUGGUACACAGUAUUUGAUUACUGGCUCUGACGAUCGCACAGCUAAGAUCUGGAACAUGGAGAAGGCGGCUUGUGUUGACACAAUAAUGGAAGCUUGUGUUCAUACAAUGGAAGCUUUCAUGUCUCCAGUAAAUUCCGUCCUUGCACUUCGCGACCCUCUGUAUCUUAUUGCAGGAUCAAAAGAUGGAUCUGUUCAUAUCUUUUCUGUCGAAAAGGAGGUUUCUGUUCAUAUCUUGAGCUCGACUAAUUUCAGGCUUGAGAGGAUUGUUAAUUUUGGUUCUAGCGGAGCUAUCUGGGGUCUCGGAAAUUUGAUGGGUCCGUCAAAAAGGAUUGUGAUUGGACAAGAGUACGCAAUUUCAAUCAUGGAUAUGGAAAUGUGCAAGCACUGAGAGCUCCAUGUGAAGCACAGAUUAGGAAAUGUGCAAUCUUCAUGCAAUCAACGACUUCCAAUUACGCAUUUAUGCAAUGGAUUCUUGUUUCCUUU